GCAUCAAACCUUUUGUAUGUUGACCAACCAACUGGAACUGGCUUUAGCUAUAGUACUGAUUUGCGCGACAUUCGUCAUGAUGAAGAUGGUGUCAGCAAUGACCUGUAUGACUUUAUUCAGGCCUUCUUUGCAGAGCAUCCUCAAUAUGCAAGAAAUGACUUCUUUAUUACAGGUGAAUCAUAUGCUGGUCACUACAUUCCUGCUUUUGCAACACGGGUCCAUCGGGGCAACAAAGCUAAAGAAGGAAUUCAUAUAAACCUGAAGGGAUUUGCCAUUGGUGAUGGACUUACUAACCCUGCAAUUCAGUAUAAAGCCUACCCAGAUUAUGCAUUCGAAAUGGGAAUCAUUAAGAAGGCUACACGAAACCGCCUUAACAAAGUACUGGUUCCAGCCUGUGAAUUGGCUAUAAAACUAUGUGGCACUAACGGAAAAACUUCCUGCGUGGCUGCAUACGUAGCUUGCAAUCUCAUAUUCAGUGACAUCAUGUUGCAUGCCGGAGACACAAAUUACUAUGACAUCAGAAAAAAGUGUGAGGGGAGCCUUUGCUAUGAUUUUUCAAACAUGGAGAAGUUCCUGAACCAAAAAUCUGUUCGGGACUCACUGGGGGUUGGGAAAAUUCAUUUUGUUUCGUGUAGCACUGAAGUUUAUAUGGCCAUGUUGGUGGACUGGAUGAGGAAUCUUGAAGUUGGUAUUCCUGCCCUUCUUGAGGAUGGAAUCAAUUUACUUAUUUAUGCCGGGGAAUAUGAUCUAAUCUGCAACUGGCUUGGUAAUUCAAGAUGGGUUCACGCCCUGGAAUGGUCUGGUAAGAAUGAAUUUACAAGCUCACUUGAAGUUCCUUUCGUUGUUGAUGGGUCAGAAGCCGGAUUAUUGAAGAGUUAUGGACCUCUGAGUUUCCUUAAGGUCCAUGAUGCGGGUCACAUGGUUCCAAUGGACCAGCCCAAGGCUGCAUUAGAGAUGCUGAAGAAGUGGACUAAUGGAAGCCUUUCUGAAUCUCGAGCUCAAAAGGAAAAUUUGGUUGCUGAAAUGUGAUCUCUUUUAUUACUUAAUUAAUUAGUCUUGCAAAAGGAAAUAUAACAUAAAUGAGAAAAAAAUGCAGUGAAGUGGGAGAGACCAAAAUAGCUAGUUUGCGGAAUGUUGUACAUCUCCCAAACUCGGACAAUUUCUAAAUGAUAUUGUACUGUAAGUUUCUAUCGUGGACUAAAACUAAUAGUCUAAAGGAUUUCCAAAUUUGUUGCUUUA